UGUCGAAUUCUCUUCGAUGAAUUGAAGGACUGACUUCACAUUCAACUUCUUGGGGAAAAAAAAAAGAUUGCAGCUGAAGUGAAGAGAGCGACCUCAGGCAACAGCCAUGGAAGAAAUCGUUCUCAAUUACAUGAAUGCGCAAAACCGGCCGCUGAACGUGCAGAAUGUUGCUGACGCACUUCAGAAACAUAAGAUCAAGAAAACAGCAGUCCAGAAGCUCCUGGACUCCUUGGCCGACAAGAAUGCCGUUUCAUUUAAGGAUUAUGGCAAGCAGCGGAUAUAUGUCGCCAGGCAGGACCAGUUCGAGAUUCCAUCCACAGAAGAGAUGGAAACUAUGAGAGCAUACAAUGAAAAACUGCAAGAUGAAAUUGCGGCAAUAAAGAGUACAGUUGCAGGACUUGAGUCAGAUAUGCGUUCUCUGGAGUCCAACCUGACGUCCGAGGAGAUCCAAAAGAAGACAAAAGUUCUCACUGAGGAGAAUAAGCAACUGGAAGCUAAAUUGAUAAAGUUGAGGGAGGGGACAGUUCUCAUCACAGACGAGGAGAAGGCGAAGAUAGAGGAGCAGUAUACGAAGAUGAUAUCCCACUGGCGGAAGCGAAAGCGAAUUUUCAAGGACCUUUGGGGGAUGAUCACUGAAAACAUGACCAAAAAGCCCUCCGAAUUCAAGGAAGAGGUUGGCAUUGAGACUGAUGAAGAUGCUGGGGUGAGCAUCGAAGACUACUCUGAUUUAGUGAACAAGGGGCCGAAAAUGACACCAAAGAGGCGAAAAAUGUCCUGAAGCUUACGUAUUCUUUCGCCCGUUGUCUCGCAUUUCGAUUCACGAGCUUCCGUAUUCUUUCGCCAGUGUGAGUAUUAUAUCUUCCCUGAGUUCCCUCCUAUCUUCAAUCAUCUCUGCCCAGCAGGGCCCCGAUCAUUAUAUCUUCCCUCCUAUCUUCAAUCAUCUCUGGCCAGCAGAGCCCCGAUCCAAUUCACAUUACAAGGAUGGACUGAACUCUUUCCUGCUGUCCUCCAGGCUGAGGGAAAAUGCUGUUGUGAAUGCCAAGACUGACCAGAGGGGAAACAAAAGUAAUUUCGCUACGUAUGUAGUAUGUACACGUACACAUCGUCGCAUAUCUGUGAAUGAAAAGCGCAUUUGCCA